AAUUUUUGUCUCUUGUCAAAUGCCAACCAUGUUUCUUGGGACGUGCGACAUCAUCACAACGACCACGCGCUAAAUCUUUAUCGCUGUGCCAACUCCUCCUCGCAUUACCGGGCGCCGAUUAAGGAGUAGCUCAAACUAUUGAGUUAAAUUACAAGACCAUUAACGAUAACAUCUUCCAGUCGUCAACGCUACCGCGCGCCUAUUCAACGUACUCACGAUGGCCCCCACGAACCUGCCAACCAUGGCGGCGCCACAGACGCAAAAGACUAUGUCUUCUCGCUUGAUGACGAUGAAGUUCAUGCAGAGAGCUGCUGCUACUGCUGCUACUGCGUCACCAACCGAGAAGCCCAGCACCCCGAAGACAGAGGACGAGGGUCCCUCCAAGCGCCGGAAGCAUUCCCAUACAUCGAAAACGAGCACACCCAAUCCGGAGGCCGACCAGGCAUUGUUUGACCAAAAGGCCAUCCAGGCCGCGCUGGAAGAAGAAGAGAAGAAGCGACAAGCUGCCAUUGAAAAGCGUGCUGCAGAACUUGGUGACUCCCAUUGGGUCUUACCUGGUGCUUCCCUCGCCCCGAAGGCCGGGGCUCGCCCAGUGCUGAAUGUUGUUCAAGUUGGAUUUGCGCAGAUUGAUUACUCAGGCAAUACGAGUGGUGACGAUGACGCUCCUGCCGCUGUUCCCACCGCCGUCCGCUUCCGCCAAUUCAACAUGAAGAAAAAGGGGGAGAAGAAGAAGAACGAAGACGGCGACAGCGAUGAUGACGACGAGAGUGAUAGUAAUAGUGAUAGCUCAGGCUCAGACUCCGAUGACGACCGCUCUGAGGGUGAAGCAUCUUCCGACUCCAACAAGCAGGCAGACGGAGGCCAACAAAAGGGUGUCAAUCCCAGGGGACAGAAGCGGGCAAGGCCGGGAUCCUCGUUCUCUGACAAGAGAAGCGAGGAGCGCAAGAAGGCAGCACAGUUUGCGCUUGGCCGACGGAAGAGGGAGGUGAAUCCCAACCGUCCUGCCACGAUAUCUGGAUCGGGUGGCCAGCCACAAGGCGUUCACCGGCAGGCUUUCACCGGCGCCUGCCACACAUGUGGACAGAACGGUCAUCGAGCUGCUGACUGCCCCCGCAAGUCGCGGAAGUAGUGUUGAUGGUUCGGCAUCCAUUUUAGUCCCGAUCGUGUGUUCCACUGUUCUAAAAUUGG